GGGUAAAGUUAGUUGGAGAGGUGGUGGCGGUGGGGAGGGGACUGUUUUGGGAGCGAGUGUGGUGGGAAGAUGGCGGACGAUAGGAAGCGGGCGGAUAACGCCAAGCAUCGGCGGGGGGAGCAGCUCAAGCGCUGGCUGGGCUCCGAGACCGACCUGGAGCCGCCCGUCUUCAAGAAGAAGAAGACCCGGGUGAAGUUCGACGACGGCGCCGUGUUCCUGGCCGCCUGUUCGAGCGGCGACACUGAGGAGGUGAAGCGGCUGCUGGACCGCGGGGCUGACAUCAACUACGCCAAUGUGGACGGGCUGACGGCGCUGCACCAGGCCUGCAUUGAUGAGAACCUUGAAAUGGUAAAGUUUCUCGUGGAGCACUGUGCAGACACUAAUCAACCAGAUAAUGAGGGCUGGACACCACUGCAUGCUGUGGCAUCCUGCGGAUAUAUAAAUAUAGCAGAGUAUUUGAUAAAUAAUGGAGCCAAUGUUGCUGCUGUAAACAGCGAGGGUGAAAUCCCAUCUGAUAUUGCAGAAGAAUCAGCAAUGAAAGAUCUUUUGCAAGAUGAAAUAAGUAGGCAAGGAAUUGAUGUUGAAGCAGCAAGAAAAGAAGAGGAACACAGAAUGCUACAGGAUGCCAGGCAAUGGUUGAAUAGUGGCAAAAUAGAGGAUGUAAGAAAUACUAAGUCAGGAGGUACGGCUCUCCAUGUGGCUGCUGCAAAAGGCUAUUUGGAGGUUUUAAAGCUCCUAAUUCAGGCUGGAUAUGAUGUAAAUAUCAAGGACAAUGAUGGCUGGACACCACUUCAUGCUGCUGCUCACUGGUGCAAAGAGGAAGCCUGUAGAAUCCUUAUUGAGAAUUUUUCUGAUAUGGAUGCUGUUAACAAAGUGGGACAGACUCCUUUCGACUUGGCUGAUGAGAGCAUCAUUGAGCAUUUAGAGGAGCUGCAGAAGAAACAAAAUAUUCUUCACACUGAGAAACGAGCUGUGAGAUCAACACUUAUUGAAUCAACUGUAAAUUGCAAACUGCAACCCAAGCAUUUGAGUAAAGAGAGUCUACUUUCUGAGGAAGAAAAGGAAGCUAAACGUAAAUCACUGGAACGAGAGAAAGUUGAUGAGGAGAGUAAAAAAGACGAAUCUAGCAGCUCCAGUUCUGAGGAAGAUAAUGAUGAAUCGGAUUCUGAAUCAGAGAUAGAUGCAGAUAAAUCAAAGUCUUCUAUCAAAAACAGUAUAAACAGCAAAUUGAACAGCAGUAUCUCUCACCUAUCCACAACAGGGCAGUCCACUCGAUACACAGCUCCAACUACAACAAGAAAGAUCAUUAGCCCUUUCAUUAAAUCUGCUAGCAAAGAUGAAGAAGGAAAGGAUGAAUCUCCAGCUUCCUGGAGACUGGGGUUGAGGAAAACUGGGAGCCAUGAUGCACUGACUGAAAUCAGCAGUUCCCAAACAUUGAAAGAAAAGGACUCUUUUGGGAUCAUCCGGUCAGCUUCAAGUCCCCGUCUUUCAACCAUAUUUGAUAACCGGGAAAAGGACAAAGAUACUAAAACUAGACUUGUAUACGUUGCACCAACAAUCCCUAGCAGAAGAUUGCAUAGCACAUCAGAUAUUGAAGAAAAAGAAAAUAGGGAAUCUGCAGCUAGCCUGGUACGUAGUGGUUCUUAUACAAGACGACCAUGGAGGGAUGACUUAAAAGAUGCAAAUCACGUGGGAAGUGAAGGUGGCAUGUCUGUAAAUGUAUCAACUGCUAACACAACGCCUUUGUAUCAGCGAAGGUCCUAUCUCACCCCCGUCCGAGAUGAAGAAGCAGAAUCGCAAAGAAAAGCUCGAUCCAGGCAGGCCAGGCAGACGAGGAGAUCAACACAGGGUGUAACGCUGACAGACCUCCAGGAAGCAGAGAAGACAUUUAGCCGUUCUCGUGCUGAAAGACGAGCUCGAGAGCAACAAGAGAAGGAUGAAAAGGAAAAGCAAGAUGUAGAAAAGCAAGAUAAGAAAGAAAAGCCAUUGAUAUCACAUGAUGUAGAAGACUACAGACAAAGAUGGAGUAGAAAUCAAGAGAAAGAGUCUGGAUAUCGCCAGUCACGACAUACAUCACAGUCAGAUAGUCCAACUGUACCUCUUGCAUCACCUUCUACAUCAGACAGUUUCUUGUAUGCAAGUAUCCAACAAAAUCAGCUGAAUGGAAUCAUAGAUCAAGUACCAUCUUACCUUUCACACACGAGGAUUUUAUCAAAAGAAAUGGAGACCAAUGGUGGCUCUGAAAAAGUUAAUGAAGACGACAAAGAUUCUAAUGAAAGACAGCUAUCGAUAAGGGAAAGACGACGCCCCAGAGAGAAACGACGAUCUACUGGAGUAUCAUACUGGACUCAAGAUGGUGAAAAUGAGAAGGAAGAGGAGAAAGAUACCCAGCAUGAUCGUCUCAGCAGGUUGGAUUCAGGAUCAUCAAAUACUUCAUCAACUGACAGUUAUAGUGACCGGUUGUUGGAUCGAACAAGUUCCUACACACGCAGGGAGAAUCGACUUUCGUCCCUCAGUAAACCAGAGCAAGACGAUGCUGGAAAGGAUUAUAGAAAGUUGUAUGAAGAGGCCUUGACAGAAAAUGAUAAACUUAAAGCCAAACUGCAAGUGGCACAACUUGAACUUGCUGACGUGAAAGCCCAGCUCGAGAAAACUACUCAGAAGCAGGAACGGAUUUCUGAUAAGUCUUCGAUGCUGGAGAUGGAAAAAAGGGAAAAACGUGCUUUGGAGAGGAAAGUUUCUGAAAUGGAGGAAGAGCUAAAGGUUUUAACCGAGUUGAAAUCAGAUAAUCAAAGGCUGAAAGAUGAGAAUGGAGCACUAAUUCGAGUAAUAAGUAAAUUGUCAAAAUGAAGGAUGCCUUUUGGAGCAGGAGGCAAGAAAAAUAAAACCAACAAUGAGCCUACUUGCUCUGUAAAGGAGCUAUCACAAUAGUUUCCUCAGCAAUGGGAAGAUUCUGACUGUUCAUGGCUUUCUCCAUCCAUUUGAUGUCUGAAGUUUGUUCAGGUUAUUAUUCUACUCAUCAAUUACAAGGUCUUCAGUGAUGCAUUUGGGGAGAAAAUACUAACUUUUGAACAAAAAAAAGUCACAUCCAUAUUUGUUAAGGGAACACUUGCAGCUUAUCACAAUUGAGCCACGUCCUGUAGUGUUUCAGAUAUGAUUUUGAGAAAUGCCUUUCACUACCACACCUGCUCAGUCACAUUAACAGUGCCCCUCAAUCAGUCAGCUGCAUGUUGAUGAACAUUUCUGCUAUGCAGUAUUCACUUUGCACAGUAAUUAAAAUCACUGCAAAACAUGGCUUGUUCCUUUUAAAGUUUAAAACAAAAACCAUCAGCUAGACUGUAUGGUACAGAAAGUAUUAAUUGUACGUGCAAUAUGCUGUUUUAUUAUUUUAACAUGAUACUCGUAUUCAAUUCAGCUGCCUCCUUUCACUUUGUUUUAUUUACUUUUUAUUGUCAGCAGUGAAUUCUCCUUUUCAGUUUUGUAUUCAAAGCUUUGAGAUGGUCAUUAGCCUUUGGUCGUCUCUUUCUGAAGUAAAAUAUGUGAAGUGAUGUUGAUGGUUUCCAACCUUUUUUGUCUCUUUCUUCCCUCCACCCCCUCCCCCCCACCCCCUCCCCCCAAACACUGACUCUGGAUCAAUGUUUAUCCCAUCCAGGCAGCAGUUAAUCAAAGAAAAAGUCUGAUUCAGAUUAAGGCGGCUUAUUGGGGCAAAUUCAAAGAUGCAUUAAACACGAGCUUGCUGGUUCUACAUUUUUCUCUUGACACUUUUUUGUGCUUCAUCUCAUGUCACACAAAGCUAAUUUUAGGUCAGACUUCGAGAAUUAUUUUGCUCUUGACUAUACACUUGAGGAAUAUUACAACUUUAUAGGCUCAAUGGUAUUUUUUUCUUUAAUCUUUUCAUUGCAUGCUGAGCAAUAUACUGUAUCUCCUAUGUACUACUACAGAUGUUUAAAACAAAAUGGUACUUUUCUAUAGAGAGCACCUCGUUACUUAUACAAUGGAGUUCAGGGAAAGGAUCCAUUCAAAAACCCAUGGUAUAGUCCUUAAACUGAUGGAAUUCACAAACAAAUCAAGUAUUUGUAGAGUGCUUUCCAUGGCUAAAAUGUCUAGUGUAGGCAAUUCCAAUAGGGUACUGAAAUCAGUGUGUGUGUGUGUGUGUGUGUGUACAUAUAUAUACAUUCUCAAUGGUACCAAAAAGGCUGUCAGUUUUGUGUUUUUUGUUUACCUUAAUCAAGCCUACAGGUUACUAAAAACGCAUCGGGUGGUUUUUAUUUUAAAAACCCUGUAAAAUGGACCUUGCAGUAGUAUUGCUGCUGAAUAGAAUGCAAAAGGACUAAAAUAUUAACAGUCCUUUAAACAGCAUAAAGAUUAUGUACAUAUGAGAUCUUCACAGGAGGGUUCAUACUGCUGGGAAUUUACAAUAUGCAGCUGUUGGUGGCCUUUUUAAAAACUAUGAAUAUAUUAUUAGAUAUCAUUUAGUGUUAUAAUUUGAACAUUUGUCACAUGUUGGGGAAUGUACAUGUGGGAAAUGUGCACAUUAUUUAAAGCUUGUAAACACAUCUGUAUUUUAUGGUUAAAUAGACCACUAAGUUCAGGUUUAAAAUUACAUUGUACAGCUAUUCUAUGUAAAUGAAAAGAACUAAACACAUUGUCACCUUUGCAAAUGCUUCUAUUAAAUGUGAGUCUCUUAUUGCUCUGAUACAAUAAGUAUAUUAAAUUCUUGUGAUGCUUUUGAUUCUAAGGUUGGAAGUACUGUAUUAUACAUGAUGUGCAGCUUGUGUAAGACGGAGUUUUGUGCAGAUACAAGGUCAUUCUUCUGAUGUGCUUAUUAUUAGAAUUACCUUUAGAUUUAUAAUUGCCUAGAGAAAACUAGACUUUGGACUUCCAUGAGGUAUUGAAAUUUGCUUUGGCCCAGUUCACUGUACAGUACGAUAAAAGGGUUGAUUGUAUCAACCAGUGGAUGAGGAUUUUACCUCUGGUUACGUUUGCUAGUCAUGGUUGAUAAAUGUCAAUACCUGGCAGUUCAACAAUAAAAUGUAUUUAAGACUUUACAAGAGGAGUAACGGUUAAUUGACACUUUCUUUGCAAGUGUCAUGACCAGGCAAUGCAAUGCAAAUUAAACUAGUAAAAUGAGUUUGUUGCACUCCAAUGUUUAACUUGAGAGCAAGUUUGCCAGUGGGAAUGGAGAGAGAGGUUGGAAAGUGGCUAUCUGAAACAUUUAAACAAAUUGGUGGACAAACUAGAAUUGAAUGACUUAAGAGUUUCUAAAUUGCCAGGUUAAGAUGCAAUUAACUUGUGGAGAGUAUUCAUAAUUUUCAAAAUGGCAUCCUUUCCUUUUAUUCCCAUCAUCAUCCUUUCCAAUUACAUAUGCAGCAACCUGCUCCAAGAACACUGCUGGUGACUUACAGCUGGCCCACAAGGGUGUACAAAAGCUACUUAAUGAUGGCUCGUCAGUGCUUCCGUCCCUCUGUGAAAUGUUCAUUUUUUUAAUAGUGUCUCCCAUAACAGCCCACAAGGAAAUGAUGUAAAGUUGCCUUAAAUAUUUGAUUGAAAUUUGAUUUUUAAGGAAUUGUUCCAAUGUUUUGAUAGGUCUAUCAGUUUUGAUACUCAUGCAGUCUGUAUUCCAUAUAAUUAAAGUCACUUGCAUUGUAUAUUUUACUCUUUUUUUUAAAUAUGACCUUUUUAAAUGUCCCUUGUUCCAAAUGGUUAAAAUAGGCUAAAUCUAAAGUCCUGCAGACCCUGGACAAUUGAUUUAAAAGUUGACGGUGCAAUGGGCAUCUAGAGAUGUUACAGAUGAUCAGUUUACUUCCCAGGAGUGCAUGCAAGAUGAGAGACACCACUAUUGCUUUUUUCAAGUGGUUUCAAAUUAUAUUUUCCACAUUUCAUGGUUAUGGAUUUCAUGACGUUAUCUUUAAAGCUACUGGAGCCUAAAUAGCAUAUAAUGUUGAUCCAAUCUUAUGUUACCAGUUUUUAGUUCUGAUUGAUGCCAUGAGAAAAUGGGGGUUUCAGUGCAUUCAGUAUCUGAAGCCCUGAUUUUUAAGCUCCAUACUCCUGCAACUACGUUGUUAACGUUACUUGGGUAGUUCUGUAGUUCACACUGUACUUGUCCACGACUUCUAGAGUUGUUGUUCCGUGAUUGAGACUACCAUAGACUUUGCAGUGAAACCAACAUGAGAGGUUAAAUAGAAUCAAAUUUACCCACACUACCCCCAUUGAUGGUCACUCAUAAGAUAUAAGAUAUCUACAUUGCAUUGUAAAUUUACAUUGCAUUGUAAAUGAAUCAGAAUCUGUGUUCUCUGCCCUGGCAACUGCUAGAAUCUGACUUGUAGUUUCAGGUGGUGCCUUUUACCAAAACCCCCUGGUGUUAAACUGAUGUGCUUGUUUCCAUAAUUGCAUUUUGCUGAUCUACUUUUAGCUAAAAACCAGAAGGAUAAACUGUUACUAUUGUUUCCUUCCUGACAAACAUUGCUUUUGGUACAUGUUUUAAAAAUGUAAAUAACUAAGGUUUAAUUAUCAGGCGUACUUUGCUGUAAGUGAAUGAUGAUACCAAGGUGGCCAUUGUUAAAAUAUAUUUUUCUACUUUAUAUCCUCCUGGUCUCAGCCUUGCCCUUAACAGCAUCAUGUAAUUUGGAUGCUGGGAAAACUGCGGGCAGAUUUUUAAUUUGUGAUAUAGCAACAGUUCAAGUUGACUCACUGCCUUAUAACUAGCUUGGUAAGGGGCAUCAUGUUCCUAGGUCCUUGCUUCAGAAGAAGGGAUAUGAUAUUUAUAUUUCAAAACUUCUCAUGGUCUACAAGGCAUGUAUAUCUGUGGGAAAACAUAUUUCCCCUCACCUUUUAAAAGCUUAAUAAUGAACUAAAUUUUGCACUAUAACUGAUCAAUUUUGGGUCAGUAAUGGUUUGUAUAAGUGUUCCUAAGAUGCCUGGGGUGGGAGGACUGUGAGGAGGGAGGGGAAGUCACAGAUGUGAGAAAUCCAUAAUGUGCCGGUCAGCAUCUAAAAGAAGAAAGCCAGGGUUAAUUGUUGUGAUCCCUUCAUCAGAUAUCUCAUCAAUGUAUUGUUUUUUAUUUGGAUCAGCAAGUGACUAAAGACUUUCAUUGGGCCGUUAGUACAAUAUUUUUCAUUGCACAGCCAGACCCAGUAUCCUGAGGUAAAAGUUUUUACUGUGAUCUAAAGCUCUCAAUAUCAGCAUCUCAGCAAGAUGCAACUGAUCCAUAAUAGUAGUUAACUGCAAAUUGUGUAAAUUAGUGCAAAACAGAUGUGUUUUAUCAACAGGCAAGUCUGGAAUGUUCAGAAAACAGUUCACCCAUUCAUACAUACCUGCUUUGGUUCAUUUUUCAAACCAGUAAUUCUAUCCAGGUUUUUAUUGGCAUUUUAGCAUUCUUUUAACAUUUGUAACCAGAUUUUGGUGCACUGCAAACUGUUGUGUGAUUCAUGUGUAUGUUUUAAGUAAUGUGUGUGUGCGUGUUUGUAAUUUACAUCAGUUCAGAUUUUAUGAAGUUUAUUUAUUGGUCUGUGCAUUGAGUUGGUAUCUGCUUACAGAAAUCUUCACAUCUUGUAUCUGCAUGAAACUGGCUUCAAUAAACU